AUAAGUACUUACAUAUGUUUACGUGCGUGCACGCAUGUUAGCGCGAACGAACUCGACCCGAGUUCAAAUUUGUUUAUUAGUUACCGAGUUUCUCGUGCGUGAUUAACGUGUGGCAUUAAACUCGAAUGAAAUACAUAGAUUUUUAAGUAUUGGAACGCAUUUAUUUUGUAAGAAAGAAAUAUACAUAAGUACAUAGGUCACAGGAAAGAAUUUAAUUUCCAUAUCAUGAAGAACAGCGGAUACAGAAUUUCAUUCAAAAAAGUAAAUCGAUUAAAAAAUCCAGAACGGUUGCGACUUACAGAAAGACAUUUUGUUAAAUUUAUUUAACCAACGGGGAAAAGUGGCACUUGCUACUUACAUACUGCGUAGUAUACUGUAAACACGGUCGUAAUGGGAGAAAGGUACAAAAGGAACUCGGAUAUUAUUGUAAAUCCUGUAAUGUAGAACUAUGCGCCGCACCUUGUUUCAUGAAUGCGUCGAAGAGCCAAGUGGAUGCAAAAGAUGCAGAGAUGGAAUAUGUGCAAAAUGUGCAGUUCUUUUACAUCAGGGAAAUUGUGUAAAUACUUGUCCACCAGGUCAUAUUGCAGAUUGGUCAACUAAAGAUGAAUAUAUGGGCAGAGUUUGUAAAGAAACCAAAUACGCGUUUGGUUUUACUGGUAGUCAAGUAGCCAUUUUAGUAGGAAUUUUUUCUGGUGCAACUAUAUGUAUAUUCAUUAUCCUUUGUGGAGCAAUAAUUAUACAGAGAAGAAAAAAAAAUGCUACUACAUUAAUUCAACACUUUGAAGAUAGUAUAGAGAGAAGAGAAUUCUUAAAACAUUUGACAAUACUUAGGAAAGAAGGUAAUACAUUUCUUUCUAUGCUCAAUGAUACCAGAAGACAAGUUCGAGAAUUAUAUUAUUCAAGAAACAACGGACAUAGUGCUGUUGGAAUACAAGCAUAUAGACCAGUUCUGCGUGAUUUGGCAAGAAUAUUAGUUCUUAUUAACAGAAAAGAUGAAAGAAUACUUAUUCCACCAGAUGAUUGGCAAAGACUUUUUUCAUGGGCACACAGACUUUUAAAACAAUACAAAAAGCAUAGUUCUCCUGAAGUGACUCAGCUUAUGACAUUCUUGCAACAACCAAGAGUAUCUGUUCCAUUAGCUUCAUCGCAGCAAGUAAAAAUCUCACAAUCGCCUCAGCCCUAUGAACACAGGAACACUCCAACUAGUUUGACUACGUUUCAAGCUAAUGCACCACUCUCAACAUUUCAAGCAAGCGACAAAUCAAGUAUUAGUCCUGUAAGCUCCAGUUUAGGAUACAUAAAAGAUAGCCCAAUGAAUUCUAGUCUUGAACAAAAUAGUUCUGGAAUAUAUGAUGAAAAACUUAGUCCAAAUGAAUCUAGUAUAGAACAAACAACUCCAUUAGUAUAUAAUAAUCAGGAUCAAAUAAAAGAACUUGCCAUUUCAACUUUUAAUCAUACUUACAAUAAUGGUACUACUCUAACGGAAUCUACUUGUGCAAUAGAUGAGUUCGAGACAAAUGAACUUAAUCAUGAAUUGAAUCUUCAAUGGGAAUUUCAAAGCACUGCAGAAGCUACUAAUUACACUAUUUUAUCUGAUUGGUCAUCUAUUCAUGAAUAUUUCAUUGAUGAUUUUACAAUUCUGGGUUUUCGCCCUCAGGAUGAAAUAACCACAGAACUAUAAACAUAUUUUCUUUAGUUUUAAUAUAAUGUGUAUACAAUUCUCCUGUAAAAGUAAUUUUAAUUUAUACAAAAUAUAAUUUUCCCUUU